AUGGUGCUCCGGAUCACCAGGAACAUGAACAUUAAUGCUGAAAAUAAUGUGAAGGUCAAUAUGGCAGGUGCAAAGUGCGUGCCUGUGGCCACUGCUGCAGCCUCUAAGCCCGGGCUGAGGCCAAGAACAGCUCUUGGGGACAUCAGUAACAAAGUCAGUGAACAGCCACAGGCCAAACUGCCCCUGAAAAAGGAAGCAAAAACUUUAGCUGCUGGAAAAGUUAUUGCUAAAAAACUACCAAAACCUCUGGAAAAGACUCCUGUACCUGUGCUGGAGCCCUAGCUGGAGCCGGAUCUGGAGCCAGAGCCAGAACCCGAGCCUGUUAAAGAACAGAAACUUCCCCCUGAGCCUGUUUUGGUUGAUACUCCCUCUCCAAGCCCCAUGGAACCAUCUGGCUGUGCCCCUGCAGAAGAAUAUGUGUGUCAGGCUUUCUCUGAUGUAAUUCUUACAGUGAAUGAUGUGGAUGCAGAAGAUGGAGUGGAUCCAAACCUUUGUAGUGAAUAUGUAAAAGAUAUCUAUGCUUAUCUGAGACAACUUGAGGAAGAGCAAGCAGAUAAUUGUGUGCCCAAGAAGAUGCUGCAGCUGGUUGGUGUCACUGCCAUGUUUAUUGCAAGCAAAUAUGAGGAAAUGUACCCUCCAGAAAUUGGUGACUUUGCCUUUGUGACUGACAACACUUACACUAAGUACCAAAUCAGACAGAUGGAAAUGAAGAUUCUAAGAGCUUUAAAUUUUAGUCUGGGUCGCCCUCUACCCCUGCAUUUCCUUCGGAGAGCAUCUAAGAUUGGAGAGGUUGAUGUUAACCUACAUACUUUGACCAAAUAUCUCAUGGAACUAACUAUGUUGAACUACCAUAUGGUGCACUUCCCUCCUUCUCAGAUUGCAGUGGGAGCUUUUUGCUUAGCACUGAAAAUUCUUGAUAAUGGUGAAUUGACACCAAUUCUACAGCAUUACCUGUCAUACACUGAAGAAUCCCUUCUUGUUGUUAUGCAACACCUGGCUAAGAAUAUAGUCAUGGUGAAUCAUGGGCUUACGAAGCACAUGACUAUCAAGAACAAGUAUGCUGCGUCUAAGCAUGCUAAGAUCAGCACUCUAGCACAGCUGAAUUCUGCACUAGUUCAAGAUUUAGCCAAGGCUGUGGCAAAGGUGUAA